AUGGUCAAACAUUGUAUGAUUUGUGGCAACGUCGAAGGCGUGGAUGGCGUUUCAGUGCAUGGUUUUCCAGCAAAUGUCGAUCGGAAGCGUCAAUGGGUGAUGUUCGCCGAGGACAAUGGUGUCAAUGCUCGACAGAUAUUGGCUCACUCCAAGCUCUGUUCAAGGCAUUUUGUUGCCGGUCGUGAUUACUACGGAGGAGCCGUACAUCGCCGUCGACUAACUGUUGGAGCAGUGCCGUCAGUAGUGCUUGGGGACGUCGAGAUGGAAGAGAGAGAGGACGUGGAGAUCGUCGGCGUCCCAGUGGAGGGUGUGGAGUACGUGGAAGUCGUUGGUGUCCCAGUGGAUGUAGGGGAUGAUGUGGAAGGAGUGGAGGUGGUGGAGGACAUGGAAUUUGUCGAGGUCCUGAUGGAAGGUGUGGAGGAAGUGGAGGACGAGGUAGUCCAGAUGGAAGUGGUGGAGGACGAGGUGGUCCAGAUGGAAGUGGUGGAGGACGUGGAAUUUGUUGAGGUUCAGAUGGACGGAGGGGAUGACGUGGAAGUGGUAGAAGUCCAGAUGGACGGAGGGGAGGACGUGGAAGUGGUAGAAGUGCAGAUGGACGAAGUGCAAGCGGAACUGGAGUUUGUGGACAUGCUCGACGAGUUGCAGCCAGACGUCGACGAAGAGGUCAGUAAAUAUUUCCGACCACUUGCCGUGGGUGAACAACCCCGAGGGCGUGCGCCAAUAAUUGACAGGCCGGCAGGCGUGACACACCCGCUUCCAGAGCAGCACAACGCGGGCGCGUUAAACAGAAUCUGCACACAGUGUAACGCCCGCCACUUCGAAGGCGAGGUUGUGGGCCAGGGUGCCAAUAUGCACUUCUCCACUUGCUGUAACAACGGUCAAGUGACCGCUGCAGGUCAACACGCGUUGUUGCCCGCCCCUUUUUUACUAAUGAGUUUGUUGAUUGGAGAUUCACAGGAUGGUCGUAGAUUCCGAGACGACAUUCGCCGGUACAACAACGCCCUGGCAUUCGCUGCGUUUAGCUGUGGCACAGACGACAGGCGAUUGCGAGGGCGUGGACCGCGAACGAUGUGUAUCCAAGGCCAAACUUAUCAGAGGAUAAAUAAUGACGUGGCCGUUGACCGAGUAGAUGCCAACUACUGUCAGUUGUAUUUCCUCGAGUCCGCAGAGGCCAACGCCCGCCGCGUUGGGAUGGCUCUGCAGAGAAAUCAUCGUGAACUGUCCGUAGUUGUGAUGGGACUAUUGGACGGUUUUCUGCGAGACGUAAAUCCGUACGCAAUGGCUUUUAAGAACAUGCGUGAGGUGUGGCUGGCAGAAAGAGACCUAGCCGACGCCGAUCCCGCAGGUGUACGACCUAGGCCAGUGACGAUGCAUUUUGUCCGAGAUGCGGCCCGGGACGACGGGCGAAACAACCUGCCUACCGCAAACGAAGUUGCGGCCGUGUUCAUAGGUGAAGGGGGUCGUCCGCCAAGAGACAUUAAUCUGGUCAUCUACGAUACGAAUCCAAUCAACCCGCAACACAGGAUGCAAACCAUACCAGCGGGUUAG